UUAUUUUAUUUUAUUAUUUAGCUUACAAUUAUUUCUUACUCUAUUCAUCGUUGUAUAUGUAUUCAACUUGUUGAAUCCCUGGUUCAAGCUACCAUGGGAAACUCGCAAGCCAAAAAGCGUCACAUUCCAUCCCCCACCGUAACCAGAAACCUGUCACCACAACUACGGCCGUCGUCGUCGCCGGAAUCAUCAAGAAAACCACCGCGAGAGCCACCACCGGCGCAACACCACGGUUCUGGAAAGCUAUCUGCGAAAGAGAAAUACGCUCUGAUUCCUGAUAACUUCACUACGCUUGAACAGGUUACAACUGCCUUGAGGAACGAAGGUUUAGAAUCAUCAAAUCUUGUUCUUGGAAUUGAUUUUACGAAAAGUAAUGAAUGGACUGGAAGUAUCUCAUUCAACAAUAAAAGCCUACAUGCUAUUGGAAAUACACCUAACCCGUAUGAGAAAGCCAUAUCUAUCAUUGGCAAGACUCUGGCUCCGUUUGAUGAUGACAACUUGAUUCCUUGUUUUGGCUUUGGUGAUGCCACCACUCAUGAUCAAGAAGUGUUUAGCUUUCACACUGAUCAUUCAUCUUGCCAUGGAUUUGAGGAAGUUUUGGCUUGUUAUCAAAAAGUUGUUCCAAACUUAAAACUUUCAGGACCAACUUCUUAUGCUCCAGUGAUUGAGGCUGCAAUAGACAUAGUCGAGCAAAGUCAUGGCCAAUUCCAUGUGUUAGUUAUUGUUGCAGAUGGCCAGGUUACGACAAGCGGUGACGAUGGAGAACUAAGUCCACAAGAAGCAAGAACUAUCAAAGCAAUAGCUGAUGCAAGUUCAUAUCCCCUGUCUAUUAUUCUGGUUGGAGUUGGUGAUGGACCUUGGGAUGACAUGAAGAAGUUCGAUGACAAGAUUCCGGUUCGCGACUUUGACAAUUUCCAGUUUGUUAACUUCACUGACAUAAUGUCUAAGAAAUCAAGCUCCUCUGAAAAAGAAGCUGCUUUUGCUCUGGCUGCUCUAAUGGAGAUACCUUUCCAAUAUAAAGCAGCCAUUGAACUAGGACUACUAGGUCGAGUAACAGGAAGGUCAAAUAAAAUUGUUCCGAGACCUCCUCCAGCUCCUUAUUCUAGGCUUGUGCCACCAGCUCGUGUUCUCAGCAAUAAUCCAACUUUCAUGGAUGAUGAGAGAAAUCAAAUGGCAUGUGCCAUUUGUCUGACAAGUAGAAAGGAUUUGGCCUUUGGAUGUGGUCACAUGACUUGCAGAGACUGUGGAUCCAGGUUAACUAACUGUCCAAUAUGCCGUCAGAGGAUCACGAAUCGUCUGAGAGUGUUUUCUGGCUGAUUGCAGAAUGGAAAACCAUGUACAAUAUGUAUUUUAACUAAAGAUAUGUUUGGAAAAAUUUCGUUCUUAAUUGUUUGUUUAGAUAAAUUUUUCCAUAAGAAAAAUAAGAAAGCAAAAAGAAUUGAGUUUCUUUUAACUAAAAUCAACUUAUCUCUUCAACUCCUGACAAAGUUGGAUAAGAGAACUUGUAGAAGAGUUAAAGUAGGUAAGUUAAUUUAAGAUAGGAAAGAAACUCAAUCCUUUGUGUAUGGAAAUAUUUGUCUGAAUAGGGUUAAGAAGAAAACUGUCUUUUGAAGAUUGAUGGCUUGGUUUUGAAGAGUGUCCAAGAAUGAUCAUGUUGUUGCACAGAAAAGGUGGUUUGGUUUCACAUUGUGGUGAUGGUUUAGGUGUUAACAAAAUUGUUCAUGUCUUGUUUGUUGUUCAAUUUGCGCAUGAAUGCCUUCUGAAUUUGAAGAAACUUAAGUUGUUGUACGAUGUAAAUAUUGUUUAUGUUGAAAUUUUAUGCAUGGUUA